UUUGGGGGGUCACCGCCGACCUGACCCUCGCUGUCCCCUCCAGAACAAGCUGCUCGCAUGAAGAAGUUGCAGGAGCAAGACAAGCGCCAGAAGGUCGAGUUCAGAAAAAGGAUGGAGCAAGAGGUCUCCCAGUUCAUCCAGGCCACCGGGGAGCCCCGGCGCCGGUUCCAACCUAUGAACAAGAUUGAGAGGAGCAUCCUGCACGAUGUGGCGGAGGUGGCCGGCCUGACAUCUUUCUCCUUCGGAGACGAUGAGGACAGUCGCUAUGUAAUGGUGUUCAAGAAGGAGUUUGCACCGUCCGACGAGGAGCUGGAGGCGUAUCGGCGUGGGGAGGAGUGGGACCCGGCCCGAGCUGAGGAGCGGCGGCGCCUCCGGGAGCUGGCUGCGCAGCAGGAGGAGGCGGAGCUUGAGUGCGGCCCCGCCCCCCCGGGCCCCCUCAACGACUACAAAGAUAAAUAUCGGCACCUGAUCGGCUCCGAUGCCGCCAAAGCCGCCGCCCGUACCAUGGAGGCCAACAAGGCGUAUGGCUGCGUGCCGGUGGCCAACAAGCGGGACACGCGCUCCAUCGAGGAGGCCAUGAACGAGAUCCGGGCCAGGGGGGGGGGGGAGGGCAGCAGGGACACACGGAGGGGGUGA